AUGAAAGAGUUUCACAUCAAACUCCCAUUCCUAGAGUCAAUAAAGAACACAAAAACAUACAAGAAAUGUUUGAAGGAUGUCUUGUCUUACAAGAAGAGCAUUGAAGAAGGGGUCAUGAUGAUUUCAACUGGGAAGGCAUAUGUGCAUUUUGAGAAGCAGGAAAAACAUCAAAGGAACAAGGAGAAAAUCCUUGCAAUGGCACACUUGAAAGAAGAGGUAGAGAUGGUUAGUUCUGAGUGCAAUGCUAUCAUCCCGAUUGAGAUUCCUAAGAAGCUUGGAGAUCCAGGGAGUUUUGUACUACCUUGCCAAAUUGGGAGAUUCAUGUUUGAGAGAUGUUUAUGUGACUUGGGAGCUAGUGUCAAUUUGAUGCCGCUUUCUGUGUCAGAGCGUUUGGGAAUCACCAAUUUCAAACCGUCAAGGAUCUCCUUAGUGCUUGCUGAUCGUUCUGUGCGAUCUCCAGUUGGGUUGGUGGAGGAUGUGCAUGUUAGAGUUGGGAACUUCUACAUCCCAACUGACUUCACAGUUUUGGAGCUUGAUAAAGAACCACAUGAUCCUCUCAUUCUUGGUCGCCCAUUCUUACAUACCGUUGGGGCUAUGAUUGAUGUAAAAAAACAGCAAAUUCACUUGCAGAUUGGUGACCAUACUCAGGAAUUUGACAUGAGAAGGUUGCUGAAAAAACCUACUAUUGGAGGACAAGCCUUUUCAAUUGAAACCAUUGAUGAUCCUAGGGAUAAGUAUGCGAAGACAUGCAUUGGUUGGAGUGAGGUCAAGGAAGUCCUGGAUGGAGACCUUCAAAUUCCAGUAAAAAAGGUUAGUGCUACUUGCAAGGUUAAGCCCAAAUGGAUAAAGGAAAAUCCUCAUGUAACCUUGACACCUAUGAAGUGUGUUGGAGAUACCAUAGAGUAUAAGGUGCAGUGUAAGGGAACCUCAAAACCUUUUUCAAAAGCUAGGAGUAUUCUAACUUCAUAA